AUGGAGCCAGGGGAGGAACUUCCAGAUACGGCAGAAGCCGUGGGCUCUGGAAACAUGAAGCCUGCGACAUUCGAGGGGCGCUUACAGUUGAAGAAGUUCAUGUACCCGUCGCAACAGCCCAUCCGCAGAAGCCCUCGAUUUGCGGCCGCGUCCGAAUCGCCAUCGUCAUCUUCAGCCACCAGCAAGAAGAAGCGGACCCGGCCCAAAGCUGGAUAUGCACCGCCUUCUACUUAUGCUCAUCUCCCUGAGCUCCCUGAUGCCGUGGCACCCAAUCUCUUGGUGUUUUUCAUCGGGCUGAAUCCCGGAAUAGAGACUGCUCGGUCGGGCCAUGCCUAUGCGCACCCCUCCAAUCUCUUCUGGAAGCUCCUCUUUUCGAGCGGCGUGACGCCCCGUCCGUGCCGUGCCGACGAGGACAGGCAGAUGCCGGAGCUGUACAGCCUUGGUUUGACCAAUAUCGUUGCGCGGCCAAGCCGUAACGGCGCCGAGCUGAGCAAGCAGGAGAUGGACGACGGCGUCUCCAUCUUGGAAGACAAGGCCCGCAAAUGGCGGCCGGAGAGCAUGUGCGUCGUAGGCAAGAGCAUCUGGGAGAGCAUCUGGCGCGUGCGUCACGGCUCUCCUGUGGGCAAAGCAUUCAAAUACGGAUGGCAGGACGAGUCUGAGAACAUGGGUGUCAUUGAGGGCGAGUGGGCGGGAGCCAGAGUGUUUGUCGCAACAAGCACGAGCGGCCUUGCGGCGUCCAUGUCUCCCGCUGAGAAGCAGGCGGUCUGGAAUCAACUGGGCUCUUGGGUCAAGACGAGGAGAGCCGAGAGGGAAGCCCAGAAAGAGAAGGAAGAAGUGCAAGCGAAGAGUGAAGAUGAAACGGGUUCGACUUUGUAA